AUGCUUUCCUUGGCAUUCUGUGCUUCUUUUGUUCUGCUGGCAUCAUCCGCGCUGGCCACGAGCCCUAUCAAGCCGAACCGCACGGUGCUGUUCCACUCGCACAACGACUACAAACAGCCUCGCCCCGUGUACGACGCAUUUGACCACGGGUUCCGCAGCUUUGAGUCGGACCUCUGGUGGGACAAGGGCGCUGGCAAAUUCUAUGUGGCUCACACCAUUAUUACAAUUGACCACUCCAAGACCUUCCAGACCCAAACGCUUGACCGUGUCAUGAAGAUCUUGGAGGGCGACUACUCGUCUGACUACAAGAAAGACGCACCCAAUAAGUUCCUCAAUGAUCCUGACAACCAGCCGACGAGUGAGCCGGAUUGGUACAAGUACUAUGCUGAGGGAUUCGGUGGUGUACGUCCCAUCCAACUUCUGUUGGAGAUAAAGUCGAACGAUGGCGAGACUAGCUGGCCUCAUCUGAUGGACCAGCUGCAGCCCCUGCGUGAACGUGGUUGGCUCACCAAGUGGGAGGGCGGCAAGAUCCACUAUGGCCCCGUUAUUGUGGUAGGUACGGGAGGCACACCCGCCGACGAGAUGGCUCCCAAGACCUCGCGCGACUACUUCUUUGACUGCCCCGCGGGCUCACUCAAUGGCACGAUUCAGACCUCAUCAGGCUCGAGCUUCCACUUCAAUUCGACGCUGUGUCCAAUGUCCUCAGCGUCCUACAUCAAUGUGCCCGACUCGAACCUCGGCUUGCUCCCCCCGCCGCGCAAGGCGCCGGCGCAGUUCCACCGUGAGAUUGUGGAGACCCACCACCACAACUCCACGACGCGCUUCUACGGUGUUGUGCCCUUCGCCCCGGCCCGCAUCGAUGACUUUAAUAUGUUAAUUCAGCAGGGCAGUGACUGGAUUAACUCGGAUGUGAUGAGCGACCAGGCCGCGUACAAUGGUCGUAGUUGA